AUAAGGAUCUCGACCGGGGAAAGAGGAGCAAGCUGUCGCACAGUAGCUAGCGGCGCGCGUUUAUCUCUGUGUUAUCUCAAUUCUCCUUCGCCGUCUAUUAUGGAAGCGAUGUGGAGCUUUUGGCAACUGUUGCUGGCUGUGCCGUUUUUGAUGUUGGGCCUCUACUGUUGCUACAUUAAAGUAGUUCAUGUAAAGUACGAUUACAUCCCCGGCGCCCCAAGGGCGAGUUUUUUCUUUGGUCACUUGCCAAUCUUCUGGAGAACGUUGGAAAACAAGGAACUGAUGCAUGAUCUCUUUCUGAAGUGGGCUGAGAAAUAUGGACCAGUUAUACGUUUUAAUGCUUUUCAUAGAGUCUCAUUACUAAUAUUAAGUCCUGAAGGAGUGAAGGAAUAUCUGAUGUCACCACAGUAUUCAAAGGAUCCAAGGAUAUAUGGCCGACUUUACAGUAUAUUUGGUGUAAGAUUUUUAGGGAAUGGCUUGGCAACCGAUCUUGAUUAUAAUCAUUGGCACAAACAGCGAAGAAUUAUGGAUCCAGCAUUCAGUCGAAAUUACUUGAUUGGUUUGAUGGAGAUUUUUAAUGACCAAGCAGAAGACCUCAUGAAAGUGCUGAAUGAAAAAGCAGAUGGAGAGAUUGAAGUGGAUAUGAUGAACCUGCUCAGACGGUUGACCCUGGACAUCAUUGCAAAGGUGGCAUUUGGCCUGGAACUAAACACUCUACACUCGGACCAAACACCUUUUCCUCAUGCGUUUACCAUGGUCAUGAAGGGGUUGAGCAAGGAACGAAAUCCAUUUUUCCAGUAUCUGCCAAGGAAUAGAAAAGAGAUACAGGAGGUUCGUGAAAGUCUCCGUUUGCUGCGUCACACUGGAAAGGAGUGUAUCUCACAAAGGCGGAAGGCCAUCCAGAAUGAAGAACCUGUCCCAUUAGAUAUUCUCACCCAGAUAUUGAAGAGUGCAGGUAGACAAUUGUUUACUGGAAGAAGCUUAAUAACUAUGCAUUUGUCACUUUGAAUAGAUUAAUAUUUUACAGUCUUUUCAAUUUUCUAGAAGAAGCCACAAUGCAUUGGGCUCACAUUCUAGAAGCUUAUAGGUGCUGUGCCAAAGGUUCCCAAACAAUACCUCUUUGGAAGAAACCCAUUUUAUAGAUGGAUUUGAGAAUUUCUUCUUUGAAGGACAAUUAAUUAACCAAUAGCAGAAAACCUGACAUCCAUGAAAUGCAGCUCAAUUCACUAAGUGAGCCAAACAACAAUGUUCAGACCAAAGGAAAGUUAUAAAGAAAAUUCAAAAUGCAUGAUAGGGGAGAUCACACAAAGAAACAAACCAAUUGAUAUAAAAGAG